UCAACCAGUGUGCUGUGUUGCGAAAUUUUGAACGGCACACUAAGAAAAUGCAAAAAACCACAUGACUCAAUUGAGUAUUUACUGGUGUCUACUAUACUGAAACUGAAGCCUUUGGUAAAAGUAGCAAAGGCCAGAACUAUACAAAAAUUAGUUCGACAAAUCCAGAAACUAAAAAAAGUGAAAGGAUCAGUUGAAAAUGUUGAAAAAGCUCGAAGUAAAGCUGAGAGAUUGUUGGAAGAAAUUUUUACCAUUAAGUCAUUAGCCCAAGAUCAGAUAGCACAGUAUGCUUUAGGAAAUACAGUCAGCUUCUUCCAUAUCAGUAGUCAGGUUGACAUUCCAGUUGAAAUUAAAGCUAUGACUCGUGUAUCAGAAAAUCCCAAAAUACAGCAGUAUGUAAAAUCUUUUCGGGCUGAGCACCAAGACUGGGAGAAAUUGGGUGAUUUUAUGCUGUUUAAACAGUCGGGAAGGCGUUAUAAAAAAGGUGUAAAUCCAAAUCGUGUUGAGAGAAUAAAAGCUAGUGAAGCCCUCGUAAAAACAUACAUUGACAAAAAAUUUGCAGGUGAUAAAGAAAAAAUAAAAAAAGCGGAAAAUAUUACGGAUCAUGUGUUAAAGAAAAAUUGUUUCAAUUCAAAUGUAGAUCAGACUCAGAAAAUUGCAUCAAGUAUAGAUAAAAAGCAACUUCAAAAUGAUAAAAAACCUAAAAAAAGAAAACUAUUUGCAGCGAUAGCAUCUUAUAGUGAUUCUGAAAAUAGUGAGGAUAAACAGGAGGAUAUAGUCAAUCAUCUGAAAACAUCUGCUGACAAAAUUAAUAAGGAAGUGGAACUCAAAUCAAUACAUACAUCCAGUAUACCAAACAAAUCUAUCCCACAAGAUAAUGCUAGUGAAACUGACAAUAGCGGUAAUGUGUCUUCAAAUAGUGACUCGGCAUCUGAAAGUGAUGAUAAUACAAGUCUAGAAAAAGAAACUUCAGAUAAAAUACAAAUUAAAACAAAAAUCAGCAAACAAAAAUUAAGUCCUGGCAUUAUAUUCUCUCCAAAAUCUACAAUUAAAGUCAAAGCAACAAAACAAAAGAAACUGAAAUCAAAUAAAUCUGAAAAGUCUGAAAAGAGUACUACAGCAAAUGUUCCCGAUGAUGAUAGUGAUGAAGAAUUUGUUAUUAAAAAAAAUAUGGAAAUGGUCGUGAGAAAAAUUAAUUGGGAAAAUUUUGGGGAGGGAGGUGAUUUGAUUCCAUUAAUAUUUAAAGGAAAUAAAGAUAUUAAAAAGUCGCGAAAACAUAAAAGCGAUUUUUUCGAAACCAGUGACAAUGAAUAUGAGGAAGAAAGUUCCAAUGAUGGUAUGAAAGAAGAAACUGGAAAGAAAAGUGAAGUUGAUGAUGUAGUUCAAAGUGCAGAGGUUAAAGGUUAUGGUAGAACUUUAAUUGAAAGUGCAUUUGUUAAAUCACUAGGAGGUACUGUUAGAAAAACCAGACCAGACAAAAUAAGUAAAGAGAAAACUAAAAUGGAGAUACAAAUAAAAAGAGAAAGGAAUAGCAAAAAAUCUGCCAAUACACAAGUGAAUGUAAAUAAACAGUUUGGAAGAAACAAUAAAACACAAAAUACAGUGAUAGAGAAUGUUCAUCCAUCUUGGGCUGCUAGUAUAAAGAGGAAACAAGAACAGGGUAUGAUAGGAGCCUUCCAAGGAAAGAAAAUUAAGUUUGAUUAAUAAUAAUAGUUAAACAACAAAUUAAAAUAAAGCAUAGUACAUUAGUUGUUAUAUAUUUUAUUUUGUCACAAAUCUUAACAGGACACAAGUCGAUAGAAGGAAGUCAAUUCUAUUUGAUUACAGUCUGCCUUAUUCUAUUUAUCCUUGAUUUUCAUAUGAUACAUGUACUUUGAAAAUAUGAGAUUAAUCUGGCAUACAAUAAGUCGGCUUACCAUGCAAUAAGGGACGAAUCAGGCUAGCAUGCAAUAAGGAAUUCGCUGGAUGACCAUGACUUUUGUGAAAUCAUGCGCUCGAUAUGGCUAAUCCGAGCCUUCAAUAAGCCCAACAUUUUUACUUCAUAACUCCCCCUCCCCCCCUUUCGCUUCAAAGUAGGGAGUCUCGGUGGCUACGUGGGUAAGACGCUGGCUCACUAGCCUGGAUGUCGCAUGUAUUCGAUCCCUGCAUUGGCCGAGAAAGUUCAUCAGGAUUUUCCGACUUGGUUUCACCUUGUCAGUGGUGCAGGAAGGAGGGCCUGACCAGGACAGCUGUCUAGUCAUUCGGAUGGGACGAAAAACCAAGGUCCCGUAAAAGAUCCCUUGGCAAUAAUUGAGCUAUGAAGAGUACAUUGUACACCAUAUAUUUAUUCAAUAGUGCGGCUGCCUGGGCAAAAUUUCCCUUAUAGCACACUGCAUGCCAUAUGCCUGUCUUCAUUUGCCCGGUCGAAGCAGAACAGUAGGACGUUAAACCCCAUUUCAUUUUUAUACGCCCACAUGGAAAUGUGGUCGUAUAUUGCCGUCGCCCCCGUCCGUCCGUCGUCCACAAUUUCUUGUGAACACUCUACAGACUACAUUUAUCAUCUGAUUGUUUUGAAAUUGAUAUAUGUUAUUUGCAUUAGUGAGAUCGAGAAGCCUAUUUAAUUUCAAUAACUUCCGUUAAUUUCGUCUGGAGUUAUGGCCCUUGUUUCACUUUGUUGCACCUUGUGAACGCUCUAACGACAAAAGUUAUCAACUGAUCUGUAUGAAAUUUAUAUGCAUCAUUUAAAUUAAUAAAACAAAGAAGCCUAUUGAAUUUCAGCAAUUUCCGUUAAUUACAUCUAGAGUUAUGGCCCUUGUUUCACUUUGUUGAAUCUUGUUAACGCUCUAAUGACAACCGUUAUCAUCCGAUCUGUUUGAAAUUGAUAUGCAUCAUUUUAAUUAGUGAAACGAAGAAGCCUAUUGAAUUUGAGCAAUUUCCGUUUAUUACGUCGUGAGUUAUGGCCCUUGUUUCACUUUGUUGUACCUUGUGAAUGCUCUAAUGACAACAGUUAUCAUCCGAUCUGUUUGAAAUUGACAUGCAUCAUUUAAAUUAGUGAAACGAAGAAUCCUAUUGAAUUUCAGCAAUUUCCUUUAAUUACGCCGUGAGUUAUUGCCCUUGUUUCACUUUGUUGUACCUUGUUUAUGCUCUCAAGACAAAAGUUAUUAUCUGAUCUGUAUGAAAUUUAUAUGCAUCAUUUACAUUAGUAAAACAAAGAAGCUUAUUGAAUUUCAGCAAUUUCCGUUAAUUACAUCUAGAGUUAUAGCCCUUGUUUCACUUUGUUGAAUCUUUUGAACGCUCUUAUGACAACAGUUAUCAUCCGAUCUGUUUGAAAUUGAUAUGCAUCAUUUAAAUUAAUGCAACGAAGAUGCCUAUUGAAUUUCCGUUGAUUACACCGUGAGUAAUGGCCCUUUUUUCACUUUUUUGUACCUUGUGAAUGCUUUAACAACAAAAGUUAUUAUCCUAUCUGUAUGAAAUUUAUAGGUAUCGUUUAAAUUAGUAAAACGAACAAGCCUAUUGAGUUUCAGCAAAUUUCUGUUAAUUACAUCUAGAGUUAUGGCCCUUGUUUCACUUUGUUGAAUCUUUUGAACGCUCUUAUGACAACAGUUAUCAUCCGAUCUGUUUGAAAUUGAUAUGCAUCAUUUAAAUUAAUGCAACGAAGAUGCCUAUUGAAUUUCCGUUGAUUACACCGUGAGUAAUGGCCCUUUUUUCACUUUUUUGUACCUUGUGAAUGCUUUAACAACAAAAGUUAUUAUCCUAUCUGUAUGAAAUUUAUAGGUAUCGUUUAAAUUAGUAAAACGAACAAGCCUAUUGAGUUUCAGCAAAUUUCCGUUAAUUACAUCUAGAGUUAUGGCCCUUGUUUCACAUUGUUGAAUCUUGUGAAUGCUUGAACGACAAUCUGUAUGAAAUUCAUAUGCAUCAUUUAAAUUAGUGAAAUGAAGAAGCCUAUUGAAUGUCAGCAAUUUCUGUCAAUUACUUCUAGAGUUAUGGCCCUUGUUUUACUUUGUUGAACCUUGUGAACGUUCGAACGACAAAAGUUAACAUCUGAUCUGUAUGAAAUUGAUAUGUAUUUUUUGAAUUAGUAAAACGAAAAAGUCUGUCGAAUUUCAACAAUUUCUGUAGAUUACUUCGAGUUACAGCCCUUGUUUUAGUUUUUAGAACCUUGUGAACCCUCAAACCACGAAAAUUAUAAUGUCAUCUGUAUGAAAUUGUCUAUUAAAUGCCCCCUAAUUACCUACAAAAGAACAAAUAUACGACAACUCUUGUCGACCGCUCGGACGAUUUAGCUGCUCUGGGCGUAUGUUUAGUUGCCUGGCAACCUAUCUUUUCAAAGUAUGUAAAUAUAAAUGUGCCAGAAAAUUAUUUAAAUAUUUGAAAAGAGAAAUGAAUGUUCUUUUUAGUGAUAAAUAAAAUAAUAAUUGGAAUUCGUA